AUGCCAGGAAAACAAAUUGUGAAGGAUAGCAAGAUGUCUUUGAAAGAUUCAAUACAAGGCAUUAGUUUUGUAUCCAUCAACACAAAUGAUACAGAUAAAUUUUUAGAAUUGUAUAAGUUUUACAACAAUCUAGGGUUUAAGUUAACAAAAAAUUACUCAAAAGUUUCAAAUAACAGCACUGCUUCAGCAUCUAAUGACCCUAAAUUGCACUUGGGUAUAUCUAAUGAUUCAUUGAAGGAAUUAUGGUUGGAGAGUUUCCCACUUCAGGACGUAGAUGAGUUAGGAAACCCACGGCCAUGGCAAGAAUUAUCAGUUUAUCAGGGAGACAAUACGGAAAAAUUGUGUACUCCAACAGUAAUCAAGGUUAGAUUAUCUUGUUUGCACGAGAUCGACGAAUCACCAAAGAAGCUUCAAUUAUUCACUACUAACUUGCCUGAAGUAAAGAAGAUAUUAAAGACCAAUGGCUAUGAAUACAAUGAGGAGGAUGUCUAUCUCCUCACUGUUGAUCCAAUUGGGAACAAAAUAUUCUUUUCAAAUUUUGAAGAUCCAAUCACUAAAAAGACUUUUAAAACAUCUAAGGAGUAUUUGAAAUACAAAUCUGAUAAGAUUUUGCAUGAAACUAAAUCUGAGACAGCGAAAAAAGAAGAACCAGAAGAGGAAAAGAAAAGGCUGAAAAAAAUAGCCAUCAUGACAUCUGGAGGAGAUGCUCCUGGUAUGAAUCCGGCAGUCAGAGCUGUUGUUAGGGCAGGAAUUUACAUGGGUUGCGAUGUUUUUGCGAUUUAUGAAGGCUAUGAUGGACUAGUUAAAGGUGGUGAUAUGUUUCGCCAAAUGUCCUGGAAAGACGUCAGGUCUUUAUUGGCGGAAGGUGGAACCGCAAUCGGUACUGCAAGGUCAGCUGAGUUUAGGGAGCAUAGCGGAAGACUUAAAGCAGCUUACAACAUGAUUAUAAAUGGCAUUGAUGCAUUGAUCGUUUGCGGAGGAGAUGGUUCAUUGACGGGCGCAGAUAUAUUCAGAGGUGAAUGGCCCUCUUUAUUAAAGGAAUUGGUUGACAAGAAAGAACUAACAUCAAAACAGAUAGAGCCGUUUAAAACUUUAACGAUUUGCGGUUUGGUUGGCUCAAUUGAUAAUGACAUGGCCUGUACAGAUGCUACAAUUGGUGCAUACUCAGCUCUCGCCAGAAUAACAGAAAUGGUAGACUUCAUUGACGCGACUGCUACUUCUCAUUCAAGAGCAUUUGUGGUAGAAGUAAUGGGGAGACACUGUGGUUGGCUAGGCUUGAUGGCAGGUAUUUCUACGGGUGCAGAUUUUAUAUUUAUACCUGAGCGUCCUCCUCCAGCAGGCAAAUGGAAAGAUGAUUUGAAGAAAGUUUGUCUUACCCAUAGACAAAAAGGUAGAAGAAAGACGACUGUCAUAGUUGCCGAAGGUGCAAUAGAUGAUGAUCUCAAUCCAAUAACUUCUGAGCAAGUAAAGAAUUUCUUAGUGGAAAUGGGGCUUGAUACAAGAAUCACGACACUUGGACAUGUUCAAAGAGGAGGAACAGCUGUUGCAUAUGAUAGGAUGUUGGCAACAAUGCAAGGUGUAGAAGCCGUGAAGGCUGUUUUGGAAAGUACUCCAGAUACUCCAUCUCCCAUGAUCGGCAUUUUAGAGAACAAAAUUGUGAGACAACCCUUAAUUGAAGCGGUUAAGUUGACAAAGUCUGUAGCGACCGCAAUUGAAAAUAAGGAAUUUGAGAAAGCAAUUAGUUUGAGAGAUUGUAAUUUUGAAGAUGCUUAUAAAAAUUUCAUGGCUACCUCAAUUAAUGGCCCAAAAGAACCAGAGAAUUCGAAUCCAUUAAAUAUUGGUAUAAUCCACGUUGGUGCACCGUCUUCCGGAUUGAAUGCAGCAACAAGAGCGGCUACUCUUUAUUGUUUAUCGAAAGGUCACAAAGCAUUUGCAAUUUGCAAUGGAUUUUCAGGAUUUAUAGCAACAGGAUCAAUUCAAGAACUUAAGUGGCUAGAUGUUGAGAGCUGGAAUAAUAAGGGGGGCUCUGAGAUUGGUACCAAUAGAUCUUUACCUUCAGAAGAUUAUGGAAAGGUUGCCUUCUACUUGCAGAAGUUUAAUAUCCAAGGAUUAUUAAUCAUUGGGGGAUUUGAAGGUUUCACGGCUUUACAUCAAUUGAGGAAAAAAGAGCCAAGCUAUCCCAUAUUUGGGAUUCCAAAGAUUGUUAUACCUGCAACAGUCUCCAAUAAUGUGCCUGGAACUGAAUAUUCUUUGGGAUCUGAUACUUGCUUAAAUCAAUUGGUUGAUUAUUGUGACGCCGUUAUGCAAUCAGCAUCCUCAUCGAGGCGGAGAGUCUUCGUCGUAGAGGUUCAAGGUGGUCAUUCUGGUUUUGUUGCUUCUUAUUGUGGUUUGGUGACAGGUUCUAUUGCAACUUACACUCCGGAAUCAAAGAUCAAUUUGAGAGUUAUUCAAGAAGAUAUCCAAUUGUUGUAUGAUGUUUUUAGGAAUGAUAGAGGAGAGGACAAAAAUGGUAAAAUGAUGAUAAGAAAUGAGCAAGCAAGUUCUGUUUAUACAUCCGAAUUGAUUGCUGAUAUCAUCAAAGAAAGCGCUAAUGGUAGAUUCGAAACUAGAACCGCAAUACCAGGUCAUGUUCAACAAGGAUUUACACCUAGUUCGAUGGAUAGGGUUCAAGCCGUUAGAUUUGCUGUAAAAUCAGUUGAAUAUAUUGAAGAAUGGAAUUCAACCAAGAAUAAUUCCGUUGUGAUUGGAAUUCAAGGAGCCCAGGUUAGAUUUACAGACGUUGAGGAACUUUACAAUCAUGAUGCUAAUGUUUUACUAAGGAAGGGAAAGAAAGUACAUUGGACAGAUAUGAUAAAAAUAUCUGACAUGCUAAACGGACGGCUAUUAUUAAGAGAAAAGAGAAAACCUAUAUAA